CAUGCCAUUUCAGCAGAGACUGGCAACAAGAAAGCUGGUUUAAAGCUCUCCCUGUUUAGCCUUGUGUCCUCUCCUGGUUUGGCUUUCUGAUCCUGACAUUAUGGCUGUUUUCUUCACUGUGGCUCUUAUGACUAUGGCUUGUCCUUUACUGGCAUUUGACAUGGGUCAGUCUACUCGUUGUGUUGCCAUUCCCCACAAGAUGCAUGUCUGCAAAGAUGUUGGAUACUCAGAGAUGCGUUUGCCAAACUUUUUGGGCCACAGUAGCCUGGAAAGUGAGGUGGUGCCACAUUCAGAGGAUUGGAGGCCGCUGUUGCAGACAGGCUGCCACCCUCAAGCACAAGCCUUCCUCUGCUCCCUCAUUGCCCCUGUUUGUCUUGACACUUUCAUCCAGCCCUGCCGUAGUCUGUGUGUGGCAGUGAGGGAAAGCUGUGCCCCAGUGCUUGCCUGCCAAGGACACUCAUGGCCUGAUGUUCUUGACUGUGACCGUUUCCCUGCUGAGGAAGACAUGUGUCUUUCUCACCAUGGAAAACCUGGCAUCUUUUCUAAAGGGUUGCCUAAAUCUGCCUGUCAAAACUGUCCUUAUGUGGAAGAGGCUCCUGAAUCAAAAACAAUCUUGGAUUCUUUCUGCAGCCAUGAUUUUGCUGUUACUGCCAAACUCCACCGUCUUCGCCUACCCACAGGAGAGCCAGAAUUUGAAAUUGAGGGGCGGGUCGAGUUUAUCCGUCAGGGUCCUCUGUUGCCUUAUGACACCCAGCAUCUGCUCCAGCAGUGGCUCCUUAUCAACGUUAGAUGUGCCCGUGCCCUUGUGCGUCCUGGGAGGUCACAGCUUUAUGUGCUGACUGGUUCUGUGCAGCAUGAUGGGACCCUUUCUCUGACUCGUGUCUUCCCUUGGCACAGAAAAGAUGCAAACAUUGCAGUGGCAUUUCGAAAAUGGAAGCACCACAGAUGUUGAAGGGACAUGGACCAAAACAGGAGCUUGAAAUCUGUGUUUUGAGGCACAGAUGGAGCUCAGUGGCACUGGGUUUUAAGAAGCAUUUGUAAAAGAGGGUAAUUGUUAUGAGAACAGACUCUGACUCAAGCAAUUUGCUCAUCUGAGCAGGUCGCCGUCUCAUUUCAUCUUUGUUAGUGCUUUUGUUAGCACACUGAAUUAAGACGCACUGAAACCUGUACAUAGUAUUAUACAUAUAAAUUUAUAGUAGAUUAUAUUUUCUGUUAAAAGCUGUAUUUAUGAUGUUCCGUGUGUUGUUUGGAAUAAAUGACAAUA